AUGCAGUCUCCCGGCGGUGAAGAGCUGAUCUCUAUGAGCGUGAAGUGUCACGAUACCAGGAUACCCCAAUGUUCGGGGCUUGGAUAUUUCGCCAUCGACGCAGGAGACCAACAAAACUGCAUUAGAUAUGUACGCGUUUCGGCUGGUCUUACACUGGGUACAACCGCGUGUGCCCCAUAG